AUGUACCUCCUCACUAUCCUCUUUUCCCUCCUCCUCCUCCUCCUCCCCGCCUGCUACGGAAACGCCCAAUCUCUCGUCUCCGACCGCUUUUGUCCCUGGUGCUACUGGACGGUCCCGGACAGCAUGGCCGGUCUUCCAGAGUUCAAAUUCGACUCGUUCUGCCACGCCUUCGUUCACCAGCCCAUUUCCGACCGCCCUGGAUCAUCCACACCGCAAAAGCCGAUCCACGUCGCCAUCAUGAACAACAACUUCACCGAGCUUCUCUCCUACAGCCGGAUGGGCUACGGCAUGUCGGUGGACUUGCCGACGAGGCCGACGAGGUGCGCGCCCGGGGUGGCGACUUUCCACAUGAACAGAAGGGAGGACCAGCAAGGGGGGGAUGGAUCAUUGAGGCCUCCAUCGUUCAGCUACUCUGUUCGUUCUGGCGAAAACUACACUCCUCCGCAGUUGUCCUCGGAUAAGUUUCCAAGUGGAUGGGCGGCUUAUGCAGGGGCCAAGGGCGUGGCGCCGGGCGGGGAAGGGAACCAGGAAGUACAAACCAUCAUCAAUGCCCCCCUUCCGUGGAGCCCUGAGAGACUUGCAGACAGCCUGUGUGUUUUCGCCGUUUCACUUUCUUCAUCAAGGAUUUCAGCCUCCCCAGCACCCAAUAUUCUCCCCGGUCCAGGUGGUGCCUCCGACAAGUCCAUUACUCCGAGCACAGGCAACUCUCAGAUCCUUAACAUUCGGGCAGACGCCAGCUGGAACGACUGGUCCUCCAUCGGCCAGCGCUUUUGCCCCUGGUGCGAAGCCGGCGUCGACUCCAAUGACGGCGCCAGCCCGGAAGACAAGGUGUGUAGGGUAGUCGUGCACCAGCCGAUGGCCGCGGGCAGUCCGCCGAACACCCAGUUCGCUCACAUCGCUAUCCUCAACGCCCGGUACACGGAGCUACUGUCGUACAAGCGCAUGGGGUGGAAUCAGCAGGAGAAUCUUUGGACGUCGGUGGGAGCGGGCUCUGAGGGUGCGAUUGCCACGGUGUUUACUGGUCAAGAGGGUGUCAGGCUUCCACCAAAGAUUAUCUGGCAGAGAGACGGGAAACUCUCGGUGACCAUUCUCCCACUGUACCCGGGCACGGAGGGGUCAGCGUGGCAAGUUGUGCAAAAUGUUGCACCGAGACAUGACUACCUCAUUUUUCAUACCUGGUUCUUCUGUGGGAAUCCUACAUAUCGAGCCAAGGUUCGAAUAUAG